AUUCGCGAUGCGAUAACGCAUUGAUUAAUUAGUGAUAAAUCAAUUAUGUGUCAUUGGAAACCCGUUCAUGAAUUAAAAAAUUAACACACUAGGCUGAAUAUUUUCAAUCCUUUGCACAAAAGUUCUGAAUUUAAAAUUUGAAAUGCCGUGCAGUGGUGUGCUGAGUGAAAUUCGAAAAUCGAAUAUUGUGGAUUUAUAAAUUGUUCUAAAUGUUUCGUCGUUGUUCUUAUUGGAAUCCUGUAAGCGUGCCGCAAAGAGAGUCCCCGGCCGUCCCUUAACACGGCGAUAAUGAAGGAGAAGAGCAAGAACGCGGCGCGCUACAGGCGGGAGAAGGAGAACGCUGAGUUCCUGGAGCUGGCCAAGCUGCUGCCGUUGCCGUCCGCCAUCACCUCGCAGCUCGACAAGGCCUCGGUCAUACGGCUGACGACGAGCUACCUGAAGAUGCGACAGGUUUUUCCGGAUGGUCUCGGGGACGCGUGGGGCGCGGCACCAGCUCCGCCCACGCCGCGGGAGCUCAGCAUCAGGGAAUUGGGGUCGCACCUGCUGCAGACGCUGGACGGCUUCAUCUUCGUGGUAGCGCCCGACGGCAAGAUCAUGUACAUCAGCGAAACCGCGUCUGUGCAUUUGGGGCUGAGUCAGGUGGAGCUGACGGGCAACUCGAUCUACGAGUACAUCCACCAGAACGACCACGAGGAGAUGAGCGCCGUGCUCAGCCUGCAACAGCCCUACACCGCGCACCCCUCACUUGGGUACCCUGUGGGCGGUGUGUGGGGCCCAGGCGUGGACAUCGAAUGCGAACGCGCCUUCUUCAUCAGGAUGAAGUGCGUGCUCGCCAAGCGGAACGCCGGUCUCACCACCUCGGGGUAUAAGGUGAUCCACUGCUCGGGCUACCUGCGAGCGCGGCGGUUCGGCGAGGGCACGGCGUCGCUGGGGCUGGUAGCGGUAGGCCACUCCCUCCCACCCUCCGCCGUCACCGAGCUCAAGCUGCACUCCAACAUGUUCAUGUUCCGAGCCUCGCUGGAUAUGAGGCUCAUCUUCCUGGACGCCAGGGUGGCGUCGCUGACGGGGUACGAGCCGCAGGACCUGAUAGAGAAGACGCUGUACCACUACAUACACGGCACCGACGUGCUACACAUGCGAUACUCGCACUGCACGCUGCUGACGAAGGGCCAGGUGACGUCGCAGUACUACCGGUUCCUGACGAAGUCCGGGGGCUGGGUGUGGAUGCAGAGCUACGCCACCAUCGUCCACAACUCCCGCUCCUCCAGGCCGCACUGCAUCGUGUCCGUCAAUUAUGUGCUCAGCGAAAUAGAAGAAAAACAGCUCAUCCUAAGCAUCGAGCAGGGCCCCGCCAAGUUGAACCCUGACCCCCCCGCUCCGCCCGCGCCGGCGCCGCACCCCCCCACCGCGCCCCCCCGCGACAAGCUGGCGCCCCCCGAGGGCGAGUUCCCGGCGGAGUUCUACCCCGAGUACACGCUGCCCGCCGUCUACGACCAGGAGGAGUACCAGAACUACGAGAUGUUCUACAACGAGGGGUAUACGGAGGAGGUAGUCCAACCGAACUACGUAUACCCGGCGAACCAGCGGCCGUUCUCCGCGAGCUCCUCCUCCUGCAGCUCGGUGGAGAGCUCCGAGGUGCAGUACAGCUACACCAACCUGCUGUCCUUCUACGGGGGAGGCGCGGGGGGGUCGCGCGAGUUCGCCCCCCCGCAGGAGGGGUACACUAGCGUUAUAGUCGAUAAUACACAACACUAUGGGGCGGUUAAUGAGUUUGUGCACUGAGAUGUGUGAGGAUUGACAAGAGACAGUUUGGCAACAUCCAGCUCUUAUAAUGUUGCGAGUGUCCAUGACGAUAGUUGCUUUCCAUCGGGUGAUCUUUGCUCGUUUGCCCAAUCAUUUUAUAAAUAAAAAAGUAACAUGGUUAUGCGCUCUAAGAGUCUAGUGAUGUGCAGGAUAUGUGACGGAGCAAUUUUUUGUCUAAAUGGCAUGAUUUCUGUGAAUUUUGAAGGACUGUAACUUUUUCCUGAAACUUUUCAGCACAAAAGAGACAUCUAGCGGUAAAUAGCCGAAACUAUAAAUCGACAGUUAUUUCAACAGGGAACUUAGGUUAGGUUGCACCAGAGGCGUGGUUAAAGUUAAAGUUUAACUAAAGUU